UUAGGCAGCCAAGGGCAGUUUCCACUAACACAGAAUGUAACGGUUGUUGAAGGCGGAACUGCAAUUUUGACCUGCAGGGUUGAUCAAAAUGAUAACACCUCCCUCCAGUGGUCAAAUCCAGCUCAACAGACUCUGUACUUUGAUGACAAGAAAGCUUUAAGAGACAAUAGGAUCGAGCUGGUUCGCGCUUCCUGGCAUGAAUUGAGUAUCAGUGUCAGUGAUGUGUCUCUCUCUGAUGAAGGACAAUACACCUGUUCCUUAUUUACAAUGCCUGUCAAAACUUCCAAGGCCUAUCUCACUGUUCUUGGUGUUCCUGAGAAGCCUCAAAUAAGUGGUUUUUCAUCACCAGUUAUGGAGGGAGAUUUGAUGCAGCUGACUUGCAAAACAUCUGGUAGUAAACCUGCAGCAGAUAUAAGAUGGUUCAAAAACGACAAAGAAAUUAAAGAUGUAAAAUAUUUGAAAGAAGAAGAUGCAAACCGCAAGACAUUCACUGUCAGCAGCACUCUGGAUUUCCGAGUGGAUCGGAGCGACGAUGGAGUGGCCGUGAUCUGCAGAGUGGACCAUGAGUCCCUCAAUGCCACCCCUCAGGUAGCCAUGCAGGUGCUAGAAAUUCAUUACACACCAUCAGUUAAGAUUAUACCAUCCACUCCUUUUCCACAAGAAGGACAGUCCUUAACUUUGACUUGUGAAUCCAAAGGAAAACCACUGCCAGAACCUGUUUUGUGGACAAAGGAUGGUGCAGAAUUACCAGAUCCUGACCGAAUGGUUGUGAGUGGGAGGGAACUCAACAUUCUUUUCCUGAACAAGACUGAUAAUGGUACCUAUCGUUGUGAAGCCACAAACACCAUUGGCCAAAGCAGUGCAGAAUAUGUUCUCAUUGUACAUGAUGUUCCCAACACUUUGCUUCCCACUACCAUCAUCCCUUCCCUUACCACUGCAACAGUCACAACCACUGUAGCCAUAACAACCAGCCCAACCACAUCUGCAGCAACCAACAGCAUCAGAGAUCCCAAUUCUCUGGCUGGCCAGAAUGGCCCUGACCAUGCUCUCAUAGGAGGAAUAGUGGCUGUAGUUUGUAUUGUCACACUGUGCUCUAUAUUUCUGCUUGGUCGGUAUCUGGCAAGACAUAAAGGGACAUAUUUAACGAAUGAGCUAAAAGGAGCUGAAGAUGCACCUGAUGCUGAUACAGCCAUUAUCAAUGCUGAAGGCAGCCAGAGCAAUGCUGAAGAGAGAAAAAGA